CCAGCUCUCCGCCUGGACAUAGAAAACCUCGAGAACGGUUACCACGGCAUCGUGAAAGAGAACGAGACGUUGGUAGAGGUGACGCCGGCGAUUCGCGCCGUUGGCGAAGUAUGCCGCUUUCGUAUCGUCAACAAGCACCAUGGCGAGGCUCCUUUCGACGUCGUUCUCAAGGAGGGCGGCUUCGCCGAGUUGAGGGCGAGGAGGGCGCUCAACUGCGAGAAGAGGAAGAACUACAAGUUCGACAUCGCGGCGGUCGGAUGCGAUGAGAAGCAGAGCAUCAGCGCCACAGUGCAUAUCACUGUCUCAGAUGUGAACGAAUAUGCGCCAACAUUUUCUGAGCCGAGCUAUGUACGACAAGUUGACGAAGGAAGAAUCUACAAUGAAAUUGUUCGAGUAGAGGCAACUGACAGAGAUUGUACCCCAAAAUUUGGGGACGUCUGCAAAUAUGAGAUACUUACUUCGGAUCAGCCAUUUGUUAUCGAUAUGGAUGGUGUUAUCAGAAAUACGGAACCUCUGGACUAUGAGAGAUCACACAAUCACAUCCUGUCUGUCAUCGCAUACGACUGUGGCAUGCGCCAGAGUUUCCCCGCCCUCGUUACUAUAAAAGUCAACAGAGUAUGCCGACUUGGUUGGAGAGGUCUUCCUGAGAGGGUGGACUAUGCCCCGAUGACUGGAAAACAGGAAUUGUUCCCUUCUGCAAGCCUCGAACUAUGUGAUGUGCCUUGUAAUGUUAGAGAAUUGAGAACAAGGGUUGAUCUGGCUACAAGGCACAUUGGUAAAGGAUGUGACAGAGAUACAUAUUCUGUCCAAUCACAGAGAAAACUAUGUGGAGCGUCACCAUCAGCCAUUGAUCUUUUACCAAGUCCUGGUGUUGGCGCUGAAUGGACUAAACCUCUCAUUUCUGAUGAAGGUCAUGAAAGUGAUCAGAUGUUUGAAUUUGAUGGAUCUAGUACAGCAGUUUCUAUUCCAACCUCCAUUUUGGAUCACAAUUUACCAAGCACAUUCACUAUCGCUACAUGGAUGAGACAUGGUCAACAUCCUAAUCAAGAUAAACACCUGAAAGAACAUAUUUUAUGUACUGCUGAUGAUCACAAAAUGAAUAGGCACCAUUAUGCCCUGUUCGUUAGAAACUGCAGGUUGAUUCUUCUACUCAGACGUGAUUUCUCAGAGGGUGAUCUGAAUAUCUUCAGGCCUGCAGAAUGGAGGUGGAAGAUUUCACAAGUAUGUGAUGAUCAAUGGCACCACUAUGCUAUCAAUAUUCGUUUUCCUGACAUCCAACUCUACAUUGAUGGACAACUAUUCCGAAGCGAGAAAAAGAAUCCAGAAGUAAUUGAUGACUGGCCACUUCAUCCAACAAGUGGAAUCAAUACUACUCUUACUGUGGGAGCCUGCUGGCAGGGAUCUGACAAUAAAAUGAGACACCACUUGAAAGGAUACUUAGCUGGAUUGAGUAUUCUAGUUGGAGAAAAUGAAAAACCAGAAGUUCUAAGUUGUUUGCAUCAGUGUAAGGAGAGCCUACAAGUUCCUGCAAUGGAACUUCUUCAACCUGGUAUGGAACUAUUAACCAAUUCAGACUUGACAGAAGUCACGGUAGAGGGCGACAACCGCACCAAUCUCGAAACGCUGGUGCGAAAAGUAGGCUAUGCCAACACCCGAGAAUUCCCGACACCGGGUCGCAGAAAUCUCCGUCUCACUACCACAGUCACUUGCGAUAAUGGCAAGCAAGUGAAGGUACCUGAUGCGCAAACCUACGUAAUGGUUCUUAGACCUCAGACACCCAGCAUUAUUUUGAAUGGAACUGGUAACAUGGCUAGAAAAUAUGAAGACUUCAGAAUGGGCGUGAGGGUAUUAGCUGACAUACAUAUUACUGGAGAACAGAAAUUGGACAAAUGCCAGCUGAGUAUUUACCCAAAUCUGAAUCCGGAUCACGAAAAUCUGAAUGUACCUGAGGAAAUGUUAAAACGAUUAGGAAUGGCUGCUAGAGUAUCCAAGGAUGGGGUAACCAUCACUGGUUCAGACAUGGUUUUCAAUUAUCAACAAGUUCUUCGACAGAUUGUCUAUACCAAUCGAAAACCAGCUUACUAUCUCAACAGAGUAUUCAAAUUAACAUGCUCUGAAUUGAAUGGACGAUUCACUUCGAAUGAAUAUGUACAAACACUUACUGUCAUUCACCCACAACCAAAAGAAACUAUUGCACAUGCUACAAUCAACAAACACUCGGUCGAGAUUCGUCCCGCAUCUGUUGUUUCACAUGAUUACAUAUCCUCAGAACAUAUGAGCCUUGCAGCUACAGGUGGUUCACAUGCUGUCACCAUAAUUGUUGUAGUUUGCAUCGGUUUUCUUCUAUUCAUGAUCGUUUUGGGAGUUAUCAGAAUUAGAUCGGCUCACCAGAGGAGUUCAAAUGAAGAGGCGCAAGAUGGAGAAAUGACAUGGGAUGAUUCAGCACUCACGAUCACUGUAAAUCCUAUGGAAAAUGCUGAAAGAAAACUAGAAGGCAACACUGCCGAAUACAGUGAUUCUGAUCCAUCAGAUUCCGAAAGUUCUUCUGACGAGGAGAACAUGGAUGGGCCUUGCAAAGUUCUGGAUUCUUCAGAUGAGGAAGAUGAGCAACCUGCUCGUAUACGCAAACAUGAUUAUCAGAAUGAAAGAAAAAAAACAUUACCAACAACUCUUCUCCAUCAACAUCUGAAACCACCAAUUUUUGUAUACAGGGUGUACCAAGAAAUUUGGUCAGUAUCCCAGAUGUAAGAAGGAUCAAGAUAAUUGUGAUUUUUUCAUACAGGGUUAUUAUGAGAUAUCCAACCAUUUUACAUAA